UUACACACACACACACACACCAGAAAUCAAUAAAACGGCAAGCUGACGCUAUAAAAAUUUUGAUUUUGAGUCGCCCUUUUCGCUUGGAGAAAUUUCAACCUCAUAUAUUUGUCUGGUUAAGAGUCGUCACACCAUAAAAAACCCUUUGUUCUAAAACGCCUCCAGCUAUUGAGCUCCCAAUUCUCUGUUCAUGUGCUGUAGCACAACUUCCAUUUUCUUGGACACCUAUUUGAACUUUUUCGAUAUUCUUUGUUGGGUAUCUUUCAGUUUCUUGAAUUGCACCCUGCGCCAGACAUAGACAUAAUCCUGAUCCGGGUAUAGGUUGUUUUGUGGGGCUCUUUUAAGCUUGGAAAGAAAAUGGUGGGAGCUUUAUCCAUGGUAGGCUCAUCUAUGGUGGACUCACACACUAGUCCUUGUUUGUGUUUGGAUGCACUGCCUAUGAGUAAUAUGAAUCUCAAAAAUAGUGGAGAGUUGGUUUGGCAAAGGAAUUCAGUGAAGAGAAAGAAACUGUGGAGGCCAGGGUCAUUGGAGCUGGGGAGUUCUUUUGUGGAAUCAUGGCAUGAUUGGAGGCUCUCAUCGAAAGCGAUUUCAGGUAUUGUUAGUGAUAAGAGUUCAAGGAAGCAGAGAAAGGAUCGGAGACUUGUGGUUGUCUACGAAUUGGGAGGGCAAUAUGAAGAUAGUUUUGAGGAUGUGAAAACGCAAAUACUCAACUAUUUCACAUACAAGGCAACAAGAACUGUUCUUAACCAGCUCUAUGAGAUGAAUCCAACGCAAUAUAGAUGGUUUUAUGAUUUUGUUGCAACAAAUAAGCCUGGAGAAGGCAAGCGUUUCAUCCGCACCCUUGUGAAGGAGAAGCAGGACCUUGCUGAAAGAGUGAUGGUAACGAGGCUCCACUUGUAUGGAAAAUGGGUUAAGAAAUGUAAUCAUGCUGAAAUAUAUCAAGAGAUCUCUGAUGAGAACUUGGAGUUAAUGCGUGAAAGGCUCAAAGAGACUGUGAUAUGGCCAUCAGAUGACUCAAACACGGAGAAGAUAGGUUGAAGGGGAGCAACUGUGCUUUAAGUUCUCUUUCAUUUUCUUUCUACUGUUGUUUCUGGAGUAGAUAUAUACACAUUGUAUCUUUGGUUUAAUGCCAACCGGUUUGGUUCCAAA